AUGAAGCAAUUAUCAUCUGAUUUCAAUGUUCACAAAUCAACAAUCACAAGAAUCUUCACAGACAUAAAAAGGCAGCUGGCAAUAGGGGACUUGAUUGAUGUCAGGACUAAAAAAAUUGGCAAAACAGGGAGAAAGCCAUUGCAAAUUUCUGAUGAAACUCUCCAGUCAGUCCCAUUACAUUUAAGGCAGACAGAAAGGAGCUAUGCAGGAGCAUUGAAGAUCAGUCUUAGUACAUUUCACAAUUUGAAGAAGAGAGGAAGGCUAAGAACACACACAUGCUGCAACAAACCAUUGCUGACAUCAGACCAUAAGGUUGCCAGACUAAGAUGGAUUUUGUCACAUAUAAAUCCAAUUACAGGGAAUGAGGACCCCACAUUUGUUGACAUGAGGAAUGUCAUACACUGUGAUGAGAAGUGGUUCUACUUAAACCCUGAUAAAAGGAGGUUUUAUCUACUGUCAAGUGAAGAGGAUCCUUACAUGGCAGUUCAGUCAAGAAGAUUCAAGCUCAAGCCAAUGUUCAUGGAAACUAUAGGGAAGCCAUUAUAUGGCAUAAAUGGAGAAAUGUUACAUGAUGGGAAGUAUGGCAUCUUCCCAUUCACUGUCCAGCAAGUAGCACAGAAAUCAAGCAAGAAAAGAGCAAGAGGGACUAUGGAAACAAAGGCACUCUAG